UACAGGUUUGGUUUCAUAGUAAAAAAAUUUGUAAUGGGAAAAACAUGAAAGAAACCGUAACUGAUUAGUGGGUUUUUCUUUUUCUUUCUUUCCUUCUUUCUUUUAUUUCUUGAUGGAAAUGAGUGGGAGAUUUUAUUUGGGGACUGUGGAUUUAGUUCAAGGCUUAGAUGAGAUUCAUUUGCCUCUUUAGAUUGGUGAAAAUUAUGGUGUUCUUUCGUUCGUACCCAUUGUGACUUUUUCACUUUUAAAACCCAUGAGAUAUUUGAAAUGUAUCGAAAGGGUGUUCAUGUUUUCAAUCUUGACUGAUUUGGGUUAUGAUUAAGGGCUCAAGUUUUCUUUAUAUCCGAGGUGUAUUUUGAACCAGGAUCAAUGUAGUUUUGUUGGAAUAGGAAAGGUUACCCUCUUCGAAUGUAUAGAUUGUUCCGCAUUCGUUUUUAGAAUGGAUUUGGGCUUUAUGUUUGUUCUGCACAGAAAUUGGAGUUAUCUCUUUCAUCCUUGGUUACUAUUUGGAAGGCCUCAGCCAGUGCAGCAGUGCAGUGCUGUAGGCUAAAUGUAAAGAUAGUGGAUCAGGCAAAACCUAUGACUUGAACGUUGGCCCUUGAUCAUGAUAUCGAAUCUGUGGCAGAAUUUUUUGGUCCUGGUUACACUUCCAGAUAUCCUUUGUAGAUCAUGUCUAUACUUUCAUUUACUGUAAAAUGAAAAAAAAUCAGUUAUUCUCAUAGAGCUAGCCAGAAGAUCUUACAAUAUUCUGGUAUCUAGCAGCAAUUCAUCUUGAAUGUAUAUCCGCUGCUUAUUCUAAAGUGAAUUGUAUGUAGAAAGAGAAACUAGGAAGCACGUAGUUUUUGCCACUGUAUUGAUUAAAAUCUAGCAACAAUCCAUCAUGAAUGUAUAUCCUUAGCUUUGGUGCCAAAUUUUGGAAAGCAUCAAUUUAAGAUAUCAAAGAUUUGUUGUAAUUGAAUGUAUAUCAAUUUGACUUUUCCUUGAAUCUACCUAUUACAUACACAACUUUAUUGACAUGCAUAUCUUAGUUCAUCAACAAUUGCUCUUUUAUUCAGUAGGUAUAUCAGCUGUUCAAAUCUAAUCCAUUUAUUGUAUUGAAAACGUUUGAAAAUUAAAACAUUACUCUAAUUUGUUUAUGGCAUUGAGCAUGUAGGAAUAUCAAAAUUUUGGACCAUUACUUGAGCCUACACCAAGUAGAACACAUAGCUAUUUCACCAAUAGGCAAUCUUAUUUUAAUGAUAAUCUAGAGGAUUUCCAGAUAUCAUAUAGUUUAGUGUAGUCGAUUCCUGUGCGAUAUGACAUACUAGCAUGUCAAAAGAAGUAUUAGCGUAUUCUUUAUUGACUACUGUUUUGUACCAUUUAUUGUAAUGUGCUCAGUUCUUGUUUGGUCAUAUCGAUGACAAAAAUUUUAAUUGCUUUUGUGAUUGCAGGAAGAUUUGGGAAGACUAUUGCAAAGGAAUUAUAUUAAGAUACUAUAAAGGAGGUUGUGCAUCCAUUUAUUCAGGAUGAGCAGCCAGAAUCAAGGGGCUAGCUUAUGUCCUUCAGCGGACCCCCCUAUGAAGCGGAAACGUGGGCGUCCACGCAAGGAUGAGAGUGUUCAAGGGGAGAGCACACCUGCGACACCUGCAUCUGACAUUCUAAAGAAAAACGAGCAGAGUGUGGGAACAAGUAACCCAGCCUCUGAUGAAAUGGUAGGUCAGAUGGUUUCUGGUGUCAUUGAAGGUUCAUUUGAUGCUGGAUAUCUUCUUAAUGUUAAGGUAGGUGACACCAACACUCAUCUGAGAGGUGUUGUAUUUCUACCGGGCCAAUUCACGCCAAUUACUGCUGCAAAUGAUGUCGCUCCUCAUGCUAAGAUGUACAAAAGAAAAGAGAUUCCUAUCCCAUUUGUAAACCCUCAAAGCCAGCACCAUGCUGUGGGUCCGCCAUCUGGGAAAAGUGAGAAAGCUGUUGAGCAUAAAAAUGGUGUACCUAACCUUCCAGACCAAGGUCUACAUACUAGGCUUCAGUCUGGUGCCACAGCUGCUAGUGAGAGGAAAUCUGCCUCUAUUCUGAUUCCUCCAGCUAGUAACUUGUCAAUAAAUGACACAAGUCUUCCCCUGGGUCAAAAAGUCCUGCAAGAACAAAUCUUAGGUUCUAGAUUGCAGAAUGAUAAAGCUGUAGGACAGGAUCAGUCACUGGAGGGAUUUGAAGCCUUCAAACUGAUGAAGGCACCAAAUAUUGAUGUGGAGACACCUAAAACAUCUGAGCCAGUGUCAGCAACAUUUACUGCUACUUUGCCAGCUACUGAGACUGUAAAUCUGAAGCCUCAAGUUGAACACCAGGCCUUGAGUUCUGACCUUAAGCCGCAGGAAUUGGUUCAUGAUGAUGUGAAAGGCAUUGACCUUGGUAUAGAUCAAACCCCCAAGUUUCCUGAACCUGAACCUGAACCUCAAGCCAUGGCUUGUGAACCCAAUGGAAUCAAGAUGUUUGAAAAACAGGCUUCGUCAAGGCAAGAUAUAGAUAUUUCACAAGAUAAUCAAUUGGAGCAUGCCAAGAAAAUUAUAUGUGGAGAUGACAUAUCUCACAUGGAUGGAUUGUCUGCAAGUGAUACUGCCACAAUGACUCUGACAGUUCCAUGCUCUGCCUCAACCAGCCUGCCAAUAAUGAUAUUUGGGGCGGAAACUAUUCCAUCUGAAUCCAAGCCUGCUGCUGAAGAAUCUGAUGUUCCAAGAAGGGUUGUACCUGAAGUUAGUAGUUCCUCAAUGGCUGCCGACACCAAUAGUGUGGAAUGUAAUGCCAAAGAUGCCAUUCCACCAGCAUAGUCUUAGUUUUCUCGAGUUGUGAAACUAGAGGCGGGAAUAGAAUGAGCCUUAGAAGUCAUGGCUUGAAGAAUGACUUGUGUUAGUCAUGACUGAGGAUAGUUGAGAGUUAAAAGGAAAAUACUUAAAUUUAGGUACUCUUUGUCUCUAGUUUGGAUUAUUUGUAAUGGGAGCUCUUUGCAAUCUACCUUUUACCGUUUGACUU